CCGUCAACCACAUACAUCACAUCCCACCAACAGAAGCAAUCCUCAACCACUGCGCAGCGCUUGAGUCAGUCAGGUCUUUGCUGCAACUAUGUCCGCGGGCACGGUAUUUAUCUUUAAGUUCGUGGGGACUGUCAGCGUGGGGCUGCUAACGGGGCUAUCAGCAACCCUCAGCGCCGUCUCCCUUCCAGCCCUUCUCUCCCUCCCCACUGCGCUCACAGCCCGCCAAACUCUGACCGACCUUUCCACACGAUCCCGCGUCUUCUCAACCUACCUUCGCCACAUCACCACCUUCUCCCUCUUCUCCGCAUACCUUCUCUCACCGCGACGCUUCCGUCAUCCAUAUCUCCUGUACGUGUCGCUAUUCACGGCUGCAUCCGGCCCUGGCGUGGACUAUGCGUUUUCGACCGUCGGAUCAGAAGAGCGGCAUGGGCGGGUGCUGGGAGAGGUCAAGGAAGGGGAGCAGAGGGAUCUGGAGGCUGGACCGGAGGAGGUCAACGGGGAGGAGGUGGGUAAGGGGCUGCAGAGUAUGAAAGCAAGAGAGGGUGUUAGGGCCAUUGUUGCGGGAAUUGGAUUCGCAAUGAGUGUUGUGGGGAUCUGGGGCGAUGGCGCAUAAGCAUGGUGCCGACGGUGUUUGAAAGGAACUGGAUGAGGGUUGUUGAAUUGGUAUAUCUUGGACUUGAGGCAAAAGCAGGAACUUCAUGCAAAAGUUACAGGCAGGGAGGGCUUGGUUUGGUACCCAGGUGAGGAAGUUUGGAGUUCAGUGCCUGGCCUCUGAUUUGUUUGUUUGGAAAUCAGGAUUAUUUCCGCUCGCAACUCCAUGUUCUAUAUUUGAGCUAUGGCUUGUACAGCACGCCAUGAUAUUCGGGAAUUGAUCACUACUUAUAUGUAAUUUCAUCUCGACACCAUUCUAGUCUUACCGUCACUGGAUGGUCCACGACAUGAUUGAAUUGGCCAUUAUGACGUUUUAUACGAC